UAUGCUUUCCCUUAUAAAUUCAACAAAUCACAUGUCAUUGAGGUGUAUUAGCCGUUUGAAGAUGGAGAAGCUCAUUUCCUCCUGGGUCAACAAUCAGUCAGUGCCGGAAUCUUACAUAUUUCCACUGGAAAAACGGCCUAGCGAUGUGGCUGUUCCUACAUCCAACAAGAUCCCGGUCGUUGAUCUGGGUGGGGUCCACUGCCGCGGGUGCGAUCAGGCUCAAGUAAUCAACCAAAUUUUGAGAGCUAGUGAAGAAUUUGGUUUCUUUCAGCUAGUUAAUCAUGGAGUCCCUGAAAAGACCAUCCACGACGUGAUGAGCGUUGCUGAGGAAUUUUUCGAGAUGCCGGUUGAGGAAAGAGCAAAGCUAUACUCAGAUGAUCGAAACCAGAUCGUGAGAGUUAAUACUAGCAUCGACUACAACAAUGAAGAUGUGCAUUUUUGGAGGGAAAAUCUGCGGCACCCUUGCCAUCCUCUUGAGAAAUUCGUGCAUUUAUGGCCUGAAAAGCCAAGUAGAUAUCGGGAUGUGAUUGGAACAUAUAGUGUAGAGGUAAGAGGACUGGCUUUGAGGAUUUUAGAGCUAAUAUGUGAAGGAUUGGGACUUGAAAGGGACUACUUCAGCAAUGGACUUGGUAGCACGCAAUUGAUGUCGAUAAACCAUUACCCAAAAUGCCCAGAUCCAACCUUGACUUUGGGUCUUCCAAAGCAUUGUGAUCCAAAUGUCAUCACCCUUCUUCUUCAAGGUGAAGUAUGUGGCCUCCAAGUCUUCAAGGAUGGGGAAUGGAUGGCUGUGGAGGCUCUUCCCAAUGCUUUUGUGGUGAAUUUAGGCCAACAGAUGCAGAUUAUCAGCAAUGGGCAGUUAAAGAGCGUCGAGCAUCGUGUAGUAACUAAUUCCACCGCAUCUCGAACAACCAUAGUGACUUUUAUCCAUCCUGACAAUGGCAGCAUCAUAGCACCUGCGUCGACACUGGUUGAUGUACGAAGCCCACCGCUCUACCGAGCCUUUCAAUUCCAAGACUUCCUUAGUGCUCAUUUUGAGAAAUCUGGCGACAAAGAAAGCACACUCGAACUUUUUAAGCUUUAAGAUAAUAAAAAUAAAACAUUCUAAUACCAUUUUAAAAGAAAAUAAUGCUCAUUAUUGUGUACGCUUAAACAUUGUAAAGGCCUUGUAGAAGGUAUUUGGGUUCGGCUCCAUGGUUCAGUGGUAGAUAGACUCUAUUUCAACACUGAGACCAAGAAUCAGAGUGCCAAUGUGGUGUGGGUGGAUGUGUGAGUGUAUAAAAAAAAAGACUUGUAGAAGGUAUUUUUUUUAUAAGCUAUUGAUCCAAAGUAACAUGGACUUGGCAACUCUUAUUACAAGGGAUUUUAGUGUGGAGUGUGUUACAGUA